CGCGGGGAUAAACCCCCAUACCGUUUCCCCUCAACACCACUGACAGCUCGACCUUGUUAGUCGCCGCUGGCCCAGCUUCAUUGUUUUCCUGCUCGCGUAGUCGUGACAGUGACGGGGAGUGAGAUUUCCCCUUCUUCUUAUUAAACAAGGAGUGAUGAUACAUUGCCUGUUUGUCUCAUUCAGGACCCGGGGAUUCGCGGCGGAGGGACAGCAGCAACGCAUUCUCAUUCAUCGAUGCUCACUUCAAGACCUAUGAGGCCGCUUCCCGGUCCUCAGAUCCUCACCUUUGCCCUCGAGAACUGGCCGCACAACUCGGGGCCCAUCACCAGAGCCAGCAAGCCCAAGGUCCGAACAGGAUGCAUCACUUGCAAACGACGCAGAAUCAAAUGCGACGAGACCAAGCCGUCCUGUCAGAACUGUCUCAAGCGCCGGGUAUCGUGUGAGGGGUACGAACUCAAACCGCCAAGAGCGUCCUCGCAACCACAGCAGUUCUUCCGAUCCAGCCACUCACCCAUACUGGUUGAGCCGAGCUACCAGGGCCUCGUCUUUACGACGCAGCUGCAAAAGGACCACUUCGAUCAGUGGCUGUCGUUCGCCGCCGACAUCCUCGUGUUCCCCUCGCAGCUCAUCACCGACACGAUCCCUCAGAUCGCCCGCUCGGACCUGGCGGUGCGGAAUGCCGCCUUCGCCAUCGGCGCGGCGGCGCUGGGCAGCAGCACUCGCGAGGAGCGCCUCGCGGGCAAAGGUCCUUACUAUGCGGAUGCUCUCGGGUAUUACAACCGCGCGUUGAAGCUGACCGCGAAGUCGCCUCCGACAGAGGAGACCUUUCCCGGCGUCUUGAUGACAUGCCUUUUGUUUUUCAUGUUCGAGGCCCUGCAAGGGGGCAGGAAAGCGGCGUUGACGCAUCUCAACCACGGCAACAACAUCCUCAAUCAGUACGAAAAGCGAGUCCACAACAGGCGUGAUCCUCUGGUCGCGGCAAUAGCCUCCAACUUCCAGCGCUUGACGCUGCAGUCAUGGAGUCACAACGGGGACCACCCAAAGGAGACUGAGGCACAGGCGCCAUGGUGCUGUCGGGGCCAGACGAGGCGGUAUGCGGUCGACGAGAUGCCGGACUCGUUCGGAUCCCUCGACGAGGCCCAUCGCUGGUGGGAGAUCACACAGCACCACGUCAUACACCACGCGCCCAUAUUGAUAGGGUUCCGUGUCGAAGGGACGGGAAACAAAGCACCUUCUUUCCCUGCGAACCAGAGUCUCCCGAUACCUCCAGAGCAUGUAAAAGGAUACAAUCGAUUCAUCAAGGCAUGGCGGGCCAGAUUCAAACCUCUGUUGGAGGCGCAGGAGGGGACGGAAAUGGAUGACCAGGAGCGUCUCAAGGCCCUCGGUUUGCGGAUUCACUCGACAUACUUGUCUGUCCCGAUCAUGACGGCAAACUACACCGACGCCGACGCCCUAACCCAGAUGACGCCCGUCUUCCGCGAAUACGUCGCCCUCAGCGAGGAGUUCCUACACCUCCAGAAACGGCUCACGAAACUGGAGGGCGAGAAAUUCACCGUGGACAGCAACAGCCCGACAUGGCCCCUCGGCGCGGCCGCCAUGCUCUGCGUCGACGGGGCUGUCAAGGCCGACGCCGUGCAACUCCUCCGUGGGUUCCCGCGGCGUGACGGUUUGUGGGACACACAGGUCUGGAUGAGCAUGAUGCAGAGCUACGAGUCGGCUAACAUCGUGAUCGCUGGCCGCGCCGGCGGCGAGAAGAAGGAGGCGCAGCACCUGUUCGAUGUGGAGGUUGUGUACGACGACAAGUCGGUGGCGUGGAUCAGGCAGGUGGAAGACCCGUCGAGUGCCAGUCCCGAGGAAUUGGAGUACAGAAUCAAUCUCCCGUGAGAGAUGGUGAAUAUAUUGCAGUUUCUCAUGACGUCCACCCAUCGGCUGUUCGUGACUGACGCAUUUGUGAAGCUAAUAAGGAUGGGCUGAGUUUCUUGGCAGUUAACACAUUUCGCUCAUUGUGUUUUUCUAGUCAUUUGUGAUUACUUCACUGCAAGGCGGCAGCACUCCUACAUGGACCGCAUCGGUG